CUCCUGUCUCAUGUCACACGUCGCCCGCAGAGCCGCAGAUGCUGGCCCACUUGGUGAUGAUGGUGAUCCUGGUGAUGGCGGCGGUGGUGGGUCUCUCCUGCGCCGCCUGGCACUUCUUCCGCCACUCUAGGGCACAGAGCCGUCAAGGCUUCAUGUCGCCGCAGGAGGAGCCCCGCAUGAUGCAGGAGAACGAAUCGCUGGAGGCUGUGGUGCGGGACUUUGGGCGUGGCGAGGCGUCCCAGGAGCAUAUCGGUCAGCCCGUCGCCCUGGCGAGUUUCCUUGAGGGACUUGACCGUGAGACUGACGAGGUGUAUGACCUGAGCCAUGACCCUGUCCUUGACGACCCACGUGUCCUUCCUAACGUCCUCCCAGCUGAAGGUGUUUUUCUCGAUCCGGACAGUGUCUACGACGACCACCUCCACGACCUGACACUGCAAGACGACCUACACGACUUCUCCUGUGAUAAUUAUUCCAAAGACUUGCAAGAUUUCGACUUCCAUGGUGGUAGUGAAGACGACUUGGAUUUUCCACCCGAAGUUCAUCUCCCUGUGGAGACCUUCAAUCCUCUGACUUACCCUGACGCUGACCUCUUCGUGACCUACGACUUCCCUUGCAGAGACGGCCCACAGUCUGUCCCCAUGAUGCUGGUGGUGGAACCCCAGACACUCCCUCACCAUAUGAUGCCACACCUCACUUCCCUCCCUCCUCUCCAUCUCCCACAGACAGGCCAUUCCUCACGAUCUCUCUCCUUGCCGUGUCUCUCCGAUAGUCUCCCCCCGUCUCUGUCUCUCCCAAAUCUCCAGCAUCUUGACCUACGUAAUUAUCCUUCCCUUCAUCCCUCCUCUCCAAUCGCGUACUCAGACGAUGACGUUUUCCUGAGUCAAGAGGAGGAGGAGGAGGAGACUGAAGAGGAAGGACGAGAGGAAGAUGAGCAGGAGGGAUUACCUUACAUUAAUUGUUUGCCUAUCCCACCUCCGCCUCUGCCUCUCUCACGCCCUCCUUCAAGCUUAGACACGAAUUGGCGCCUUGGUGAUGGAGAAGGGCAGUUUUUCCCUUCCUUCUCCCAGUAACACUUCUCCUCUGAAAGCUUAACAGUGAUAUUUCAACCUCACACCACAUCCCAGUCCUCCUCCAACCCACUCAGCACCUCAGUAUCACCAGAAAUUUCAUCAGUCUCAGUAGCAUUUUACGCACUGCAACCUACCUGACUUCCCUAUGAAUGCAGCAAUAUCCUAGGACACACUACACUCCCGUGGAGCACCACACUAGCACGUACGACGCUCAGGCAACACUCAAGCCAACACUCGAGCUCAAUACUUUCCACCUCAACACCCAAACACACGCACAAGAAACAUUUACUCCAGACAGCUCAUAGAAAAAAGGAAGGAAAAGAAAGAACAAACAGCAAAAAAAAAAAAAAAAAAGAAUGCACGUACCUCUUUUUCUUCCACGGUCAACAUAAUUUACACGAACAAUAGAAGCUGUUCCCCUCUGGUUCUGUGUUUGUUAGUUGUCCGUGUCUUGCUUUUUGUUGCUUGAAGGCCAAUGUCUUUGUUACAAUUUUCAUUUUUUUUAAUUCAUAUACGUCUUUUCUAUUUUUUUUUUUUUUUUACUUUUUGUUACACUUUUCUCCUUAUUUGUCUUACUAAAUGGGAUAGUUGUCGAAGUAUGGCCAAUGAGAGAAGUCUAUAGUGAUCAGCUAUAUAGUUAUUUAAUAUUUUGUUUUCGGAGGGCAAGCUGCAUAUAUGAAAAUCCAUUUUGAAAACCAUCUUAAGUGUCAUAUGACGUUUAUCUAAGUGACCCGUAGCAUAAUUCUCUCUCUCUCUCUCUCUCUCUCUCUCUCUCUCUCUGCUUAACUCUAUCCGCGGUAAAUUGCUCCUUGUCUCUGAGCUUGAAUCCUCACACGAGUACAAUUCACUUAUUGCAAUGAAUUUAACACUGGGAACGGCAGAGGCCACCGAGGCAGCACUAAACCUCAAAGUGAUAUGUGUGUGUUGAACAAAUAGUGACGUGUUUUAUUAUUUUACAAUGACAUGUUGCAUAUAUUCCUGAUAGCGAGUGAUAGAAAGUAUUGUUAUUAAUACUAUUACAACUGUUACAAUAUUAUAGGCAUUUAUUUGAACGCACUAUUAUAUCUGUGGAACGAUGUGUGUGUAUUUGUGUGUGUGUGUGUGUGUGUGUGUGUGUGUGUGCAGCCAGAGAAGCACAUCAUUGUUACAGUUAUUGAGCGUGAAAUAUGUUAUCGUGUUUCAUUCACAUCAAUCUUCCUAACACUGUGUCACUCACUUGUGUCACUCGCCUGAGAGUCACGAGUCACAAAUGGAACACGUGAACUUGUUUUGUUUCGGAUACGUUCCUGCUCACUGCGUUAGAUGGCAUUUAUAAUCAUAUCUCCCUUCGAAUUAUCCUUACUAUGGAUUUGCCGAUGUACUAGUAUACCCUUAUGCAUAUCCGGGUAGCCUUAGCUAAGCGGAGCACCUGCGCAUGUAUGUCAUCAGUCGUGUGUGCGUGUCUUGUGCGUAUUCUUCAGUCGCACACUCGGCGGAUCCACGUCUGUGUACUGAGCGUGUCUAAAUAAAAAUGUUCGCAAGCUAAA